AUGGAACAAGACUUCAACGUGUGGCUUUCUUUUUGUAUGAAUCAAAGUGUCAAUCAUGAUUUCCCCAUCAGAAGGUUUUGUCCUGCAAGAAUGGAGCAAGAGAUAGUGCUCGAUGAUAAUGAAUUGUGUACUUUUGAUGCCACCACCACUUCUUGUCUAUUAGCUUCUUCAGAACUUGAUGCCUUUGUUGAUAGCUUCAUCGACAUGGAUCAGUAUGAAGAUAGUGAGUCUCAAGAAAAGAACCAUCAUCAAAGUUUUGACCAUUUUCUGGUCAAUGAAGAAAAUAAUAUCAAUGCAUACUCCAUGGAGGUGAAUGAUGUUAUUGGAUAUGUUCCAACAACAAUCACAGAUCACGUUAUUCAAAAGUGUGUGCCUUGUCAAGAACAAAUCAGUUUUCAAAUGGACCAAGGCCUUGACUUGGUCCAUACUUUACUGGCUUGUGCCGAAGCGGUUGGUUGCAGAGACAACCAUCAAGCAAAUUUAUUACUUAGUAAGCUUAUGUCUCUGGCAAAUCCAUCAGGAGAUUCAUUGCAAAGAGUGUCUUACUUUUUUGCCAAAGGAUUGAAGUGUAGGUUAUCACUUUAUCCUUAUAAUGCAUUUUCAAAUACUACACUAACAAGUGCUUCUAAUGAUGUUUGUUUGAUUACUAGGGAGAAUAAGUUGGAAGCUUUUCAGCUUCUUUACCAAACAACACCAUAUAUUACUUUUUGUUUCAUGGCUGCAAAUGAAGCUAUAUGUCAAGCAUCAAAAGGAAAAAGCUCAAUUCACAUUAUUGAUCUAGGAAUGGAGCAUACUUUUCAAUGGCCUUCACUUAUAAGGAACCUCGCUUCAAUGCCUGACGGGCCUCCAAAGCUCGUGAUAACAGGAUUCGGUUCUUCUAACAAAGACAACAACAAUGUGAAACUUCAUACUAGCAUGAGUUUGCUUGUGGAGGAAGCAAUCUCAUUGGGAAUAGUCCUUGAGUUCCGCAUUAUAUCGGAACCUGCCACUCCUUCUUCUCUUACAAUGGAGAACCUCAAGUUGGUAGAAGGUGAGGCUUUAGUUUUUAAUAGCAUCUUAAAAUUGCACAAAUAUGUGAAAGAAAGUAGAGGUUUUCUAAAGGCAAUUCUGCAAUCAAUGAAGAAGUUAAAUCCAAUUGCAGUGACAGUUGUUGAGCAAGACACAAACCACAAUGGGCCAUUCUUCGUUGGUAGGUUUUUGGAAUCACUUCACUAUUACUCGGCAGUAUUUGAUUCUCUUGAGGCAAGUAUGGCAAGAAAUAGUCGAAUUAGGAUGAAAAUAGAGAGAGUACACUUUGCAGAAGAAAUUUGUAAUGUUGUUGGUUAUGAGGGUCCUGAUAGAAUGGAGAGACAUGAAAGAGUAGAUCAAUGGAGAAGACAAUUAGGAAGAGCAGGAUUUCAUGUUAUGCCACUAAAGUGUACAAGUCAAUUUAGAAUGAUGCUUUCUGUUUAUGAUUGUCAUGGAUAUACACUGUCAUGUGAAAAGGGUUGCCUUUUACUUGGUUGGAAAGGAAGACCUAUUAUGAUGGCUUCUGCUUGGCAAGUUUGUCAUAAACAGAUAUGA